AUGUCGCUGUCUUCGCUCGCCGAUCUGAUAUCGAACUCGGUCCAGACGAUCGAGAAGGCGGUGGCCGAAUCCGCCAAGGCCCAACAGAACCAAUCGCGCUACUCUCGGGCCCAUCCGGUGACACCGUACGAGGUGCUCGAAGCUGUCGACCUCAUCGUCGCUGCCUGCGCCGAAUUGACCUCCAAAGUCCAGGACAGUACCGGGUUUAUAUGCAAACAUGCGCUCGCUUUCAACGUCUCGUCGGCUAUACGAGUGGCCGUCGAAGGCCACAUUCCCGAGAUUCUUAGGCCAGCAGGCACAGCAGGAAUGGACAUCCAAGAGAUUGCGGAGAAGUGUGACGCUAGCCCGCUCCGUCUUGAACGGGUCAUGCGUCUCCUCGUCUCUCACCAUAUCUUCACCUCUCCCAAGAAACGUUGGUUCGCUAACAAUCGCCAUAGUCUGGCCCUUGACACCGGUAAAACGGCCGAAGAGCUGCCCCGGGAACUCAAUUCGGAGAAAUACAUGGGCCCGAACACGCUUCCAGCUUUGAUCACCCAUUCGACGGACGAAAUGUUCAAAUCCUCGUCCCAUUUGACCGAGUGUAUCUUGGAGCCCUCGAGUUCGAGAUCGUUCUUUGGCGACCAAUCUCCGUUCUCUCAUGCCUUUGAAACCGGCAUGGACUUCCGAACGUUUCUUCAACUCAGUUAUGAUCAAGAAGUCCGCUUAAAAAGAUUUAUCACAGCGACAGAAUGUUUGUCUCGUAUUGGGUCCAGUGACCAGGGACUGAGCGGAUAUAACUGGGGAACUAUAGGAAACGGUUUGAUGGUCGACGUAGGUGGAGGGGUCGGCCAUGUAGCAUUAAGCUUGGCACGCACGUAUCCGCGUUUACGAAUUGUGCUACAAGACAGGGCAGAAGUAAUCGUCCAAGCCCAAGCAUUUUGGGCAAAACAUUUCCCUCAGGCCGUUUCCUCAAAACGAGUCAUCCUGGAAGCACACAAUUUAUUCGAUGUCCAGAACCGUCGAGGCGUCCGAGUCUUCUUCGUCCGCUUUGUUAUUCGUGAAUGGAACGACGAAACCGCAGUCAAGAUUCUCAAAAACCUUUCGGAGGCCUCGUCAUCGUCGACCAAGCUGAUCCUAGUCGAGAGGACCGUGACUAAUUGGAGUCAAGAGUCUGUUCAAGAUUGUCCGCUCCAAACCUGGGAGAUCCUGAAAGAUGUCAAGAUAUCCCAACAUGUUCAGAGCUCGUUCUGCCAUGAUGCGGCCCAUCCUCAAGUGUUAGAAGAAACUGGACGACCAUUGAUCGAUCUCCUAGACUCACAAUUGAUGUUGUAUGGCUCAGGACGGGAACGGACGUUAGAGGAGUUAGUGUUGAUCCUGCAUGCGGCUAAUUGGAAAGUGGAGAAGAUCAGCCGUCCGGGGACGUCGUCGUUGACCCAACUGAUCUGCCGGGCGAUCAUCAAGUCUGAGGACGAGAUGGAGGCGGUGGGAGGGUGGGCGAAGAAGCCGACAGACGCAGCGGGUGCCGUUCCCCCCGAGGGGCCGGCCGUGGCUCCUGUCGAUCCCAAGGCCUCUCAACUACCAAACCAACCCACCGAUCCCGCUCCCCCUUCCGUUCAAGCUGAGCAAAAAACCGCCGAUCCCUCUCCCCCUUCCGUCGAUCAGAACUCCGGUUCCAUAGCUACACAGCCUGAUCAGGAGCGUUGCCAAAAGUAG